GUUGUAGUCUUUACCUGUGGGAGCAGGCAUGGCGGCUUCCAUUGCAUGGGUCUGUGGAGCAGCAACUGGACUGACCCGGAGCGUUGGAGCCGCCAGGGCGCUGCUUCCCGUGCGGGCCUCUGUCGCCUGCCGGGCCCGCGUGGGGCCGGGCCGUCAGCAGAGCACUGGACCUUCCCAGUCCGGCGCGUUCCAGCCGCCUCCAAAACCCGUCAUCGUGGACAAACGCCGUCCCACGCGCGAGAAAACCAGAUUCUUGAGUCCUGAAUUCAUUCCUCCAAGAGGGAGAACAAAGCCUCUGCUAUUUCAACUAGAAAGAAAAGAUAUGUUAGAAAGGAGAGAAGUGCUCCACAUUCCAGAGUUCUAUGUUGGAAGCAUUCUUCGUGUUACUACGGCUGACCCAUAUGCCAGUGGAAAAACCAGCCAGUUUCUGGGGAUUUGCAUCCAGAGAUCAGGAACGGGACUUGGAGCUACUUUUAUCCUUAGGAAUACUAUUGAAGGACAAGGUGUUGAGAUUUGCUUUGAACUCUAUAAUCCUAGAAUCCAGGAGAUCCAGGUGGUCAAACUGGAGAAACGGCUGGAUGACAGCUUGCUGUACUUACGAGACGCCCUUCCAGAAUACAGCACUUUCGAUAUUAACAUGAAGCCGGAAGUACGAGAAUCUAGCCAAGAAGUUCCUGUCAAUCAGCUGAAGGUGAAAAUGAAGCCUAAGCCCUGGUCCAAACGCUGGGAGCGACCGAAGUUCAAGGUGAAAGGAAUCAGGUUUGAUCUCUGUUUGACUGAAGAGCAGAUGAAAGAAGCUCAAAAGUGGAGUCAGCCGUGGCUUGAGUUUGACAUGAUGAGGGAAUAUGAUACUUCAAAAAUUGAAGCUGAAAUAUGGAAUGAAAUUCAAGCAUCGAAAAAGUCUUGAUCUGAAAAUGUAUUUAGCUCCUUGCAGACAAUACACUGACUCUCAGAGGAUUUUUUUUAGAGACCAAUUUAAUUUCAUAUAUAAAGACAUAGUCAUUCAAUCAA